AUGAUGCUGGAGAAGCGACUGCUCUUCUUGCUGCUGGCGUUGGCAUGCUCUGUGGCCAAAAAGAGCAGCUCCAAUCGCGGCUUGUGCAUGCUCAGCUACAACCGACUCCGAGCGGCGAAGGCUGGAUCGGCUCUUGUCGAUGACAGUCGAGCUUGGCGAGGCGAUGACGAUGACGACGACGACGAAGAGGAGGAGUGUGACGAAGGCUUCGAUGAGAGCUGCGAUGACGACGUGGAGGAAGACAUCGACGAAGAAGCUCGCAGUGAAGCACUGCUUCAGGCCGGAAGUGCCAGGAAAUCUGAAGACAGCCUCUGGUCCGAAGCGGCCUCUGGCCUCUCCAGCCCUGUGAUGAUCAAGGGAGGCAUCUUCAACUACCGCGGUGAGAUCAUCAUCCUGGAGCAGCGUGGGAUGUUCCAGCUGGAUACCGAGUCAAGCCAGUGGCACAAGAAGGCCGACUCUGCGUUUGGAAAGUAUGGGAGCGGCAAGGCUCUGGUGCUGGAGAUCAACGGUACGGAGCGGCUCUUUGCCUAUCGUGAGAGCAAUCUACGCCUCUACGAAGACGAGGAGCAGCAGUGGAGGGCACUGGAGGACAAGCCAGGCGAGAGAGGCCAUCUCGAAUGGGGCAUGAAUGGCCGACUCUACGUGAAAGACAAGGACCGGGAGAUUUGGAGUUACAACGCUUCGGUGCCCCGCAUCCACCCGGCGGAAGACUUCGCAGUGAGCUUGGAGCACCGGUGCGUGCCCAAUGGAACAGGCCCAUCGUUUGCCGGCUACACGUCCACGGGCCACAAGAGCAAGGGCGGCAGCAGACUCGUGCAAAUGGAUGACCCGAUCGGAUAUCUGAAUGACAAGUGCUCCGGCGCCUUCGGUGCAACGGCGCGUGCAGCUCUGGCAUCCGAAGUGGUGGCGGGAAUCGAAUGCCUCCCCGAGACGCCCUGGGGUCCCCCACGAGCCUGGGGCGCCGGUGAAGGGGCCGUGGUGGUUUGCGACAGCAAGGCCAACUGCACUUCGGAGUCGAACGUUUGGGCCAUGUCCGUGAACUACCGGGACCAUGACACCUGGCCGACGGAGGAGGGCGAGUUCAGGUCUUGCAACAACUGGUGCGAUCAAGUCAUCUGCAUCAAGACCGAGGCCGGCAACUCUUCGGAGGAAGGGCCUCAGAAGUUGGAUUCCGACGAGGCGCUGCUGGAACUUAGCGAUGCAUCGAUGCCGGUGCUGAAGUUUGAUCUCGCCCCUUUCAGUUUCGCUCCGAUGGCAGUGUUGAAACUGAAGCUUCAGUUGCUUCCGAAACACCAACCACGCAACGGCAUCGCAGCCACAGCGGUGCAGCUGAGAGAGCAUCACUGCAACGCGGAGGGCAGCUACGGCAAGAACGGAACCAUGCUUGGCGCCGUGGACUUCAAGGAAGGUACCCGAGGUGGCAAGAGUUUGUGGUACAAGUUCAACGUCUCAGCCGCUGUGCAAUCCAAGAUCGGUCAGUCCAGCCUUUGCCUGACUCUGACUACCAACGUCAGUUUACCAUUCGGCUCAUACUUCACAGUGACGACCACGGAGAGCGCUCUCAACGACCGGCCAUACUUGGUGUUGGGCAAGCCUUGGAUGCACGUGGUAGGGCCGCACCCGGCGAUCACCACACACCAUGUCAAGGUCUUGGUGGAUUCCAAGGACCGUUUGUACCUGAACAAGCGCGAGGGCUCACGGGGACCGAAGGUACCCGGCAAUGUGAUGCUGCUGUACGACGAGUCCAAAGACGACUUUGUGGACAUCAGCCACAACAUUGACAUUCGCAACAUGCUGGGGCAGUGCUGCGGCCCCAUGGGAGAGACGGUGGUCGACCCGAACGGAACCAUUUACGGCAGCACGGAGUGGGGAAUUUGGCAGCUGGAUGCUGCGGACAACUUCACCUGGAACAAGAUUGACUAUUAUUGGGGCAACGCCAAGCUGAAAUGGCUCGGGCAGCACCUCUUCCAUCAGCCGAGGGGCAACAAGCUCAUCCGCCAGAAUGUAGAGACCCUCAGGCGUCAUGAGAUUGCUCCGCCAACGUUUGGAAAUUCCACUGAGCUGCACUUGAGCGGAGCUGUGCUGAUGGAGGGAGGUGAGCGCCUGGUGACUUUCGUGCGCGAGAAUCGCCGGCGACGCGGCGACCCCACGCGCCGCCGCCGACGGAAUGAGGGAACGAUCAUGACGAUGACCAAGGACAUCUCCUCCUUGCCGCCGAAGGAUCGGAACUUGCAGGCUUCGCUGGCCACGUAUCUGCCGGAAGAAGGAGAAGCAGUGGGAGCAGCUUUCACCAGCGACGGGAAGAUGAUUGUGGCCGGAACUUUCGGUUCGGUUGGCAAGCUGCUUCUGAUGAACGAGUCCGGCGUGCAGACUGAGUACUCUCUGGGUAACGAGACCGUCUAUGACCUGGACGCUAUGAGCAACGAAAGUUCGCUGGUGGUCAGUGGUUCUUUCGGAGUGAAGCGCAUGGAUGUGUCGGCUGCCAACUUCAGCGAGGUGUGGAGUUGGGCUCCCGCGGACCUCUCCGGCGAAGUGCGUGUCAGCACGGCUGCUGGGAAGACGGCCGUACUGUAUCAAAAGACCGUCGCGGUGCUGGACGACACAGGCUCCCUGGUGUCCAGUGACACCAUACCGCGAGAUUACCCCAAGGACGUGGCCAUCUCUCCUGAUGGUACGAAGGUGUAUGCGGUUGGCUUCCGCAACGGUCGGAACGAGGAUGAUGGAAGUGGCCGGAGCAAUCCGGUUCAGCUGGCCUUUGUCUAUGCCUUCAACGCGGCCAACUUGUCGGACCCCUGGCUCUGGAAAACCUUCGACUUCGAUCCGAAUUUGGUCGAUUGGGACAUGGCUGACACCCGCCUCUACCGUGUGGCUUUCGGUCAGGAUGGGCAGCUCUACAUUUUGGGGGAGACGGCCGGCGGCAACAGCAUCUUCCGCUGGGAUGGGAAGCACUGCCAGAGCAAGGAGGAUGAUCCGGAAAAGGGCGCAAUCAGCAACGUGACGCUGCUUGAGUCCGAGUACCGGCGAUUGAAGUACACGGACAUUUUCGACCAUGGCUUCAACGCUGGCUCUGCGCACAUGGCCUACUUCGCCCGAAUCGACCCCACGGAUGGUGCAGUGAAGGAGGGUAAGCUGAUCAUCCCGCGGCUGCUCUCCAACAUGAAAAGCAACACCUUCCGUGUCAAAGAGGGUUCCAUCACCGCCGACUCCUAUGGCCGCGUCUACGUGGGAGGUGUAUCUUCCUGUUGCAUCGAAGCGCGCGACCUCAACUUCAUCAACCGUAUGCCCGUCGGCAGUUAUGCGGGUGGAGACAUGGCCCUGGUCGUUGUCAGCCCUGAUCUUCAGAGCCGCCUCCGCUGGACGCCCUUCAGUAAGGAGAAGGGGAAGGGAUCUGUUCGAGCUCUGGCCGUUCGCCCAGGCGACAACGGAGUCGAGGCUUUGCUCCUGGGAUCCGUUCAUCAUGGCGAGAUGCACACCGUCAAUGCUGUCAAAUCCAGUCGCAACAUGAGCAAUACGACAAAGGACGGUUACUUAGUGCGCUGGCAAGAGGAGGCGCUUGAUUUGUAG